GUCAAAGGCGGGUUGGCUCUGGAAGCAUCAAAGCGGUUUCCACUCUGCAUCACCACUUGUUGGGGGCUGUAAAAUUUUCCAGUCAAAGGCGCAUUGGCUCAGGAAGCAUCAAGCCAGUUUCCACUCAGCUUCACCACUUCUUGGGGGUUGUACUUUCCAGGCAAAGAAGAGACCAGCAAUGGCGAUCGUUGAAACAGCGAUUAAACUUUGGAAUGGAUGGGAGAUGCGAGUGCUGGUUUUACUCAGCCUCUCAUUACAAGUAAUACUCAUUGCCUUUGGUUCCAAAAGAAAGAGUACGACAAGUACAUGGAUCAACUUCAUUGUUUGGUCUGCAUACUUGUCAGCAGAUUGGGUGGCAACUGUUGCAUUGGGCAUUCUUGCCAGGUCCCUGGGAAGUAAUGCUCCGAAUCAAAACCACUCACUCCAGUCAUUUUGGGCUCCAUUCCUUCUCUUGCACCUCGGUGGCCCAGACACUAUUACUGCUUACUCCUUAGAAGACAAUGAGUUGUGGCUAAGGCAUUUUGUUGGCCUCGUUUUUGAGAUUGGAGUUGCAAUUUAUGUGUUAUUGAGGUCUUGGGUUGACGGUGACACUACCUUCUCGUGUAUAGCCAUUCCAGUGUUCAUUGCAGGAAUUAUCAAGUAUGGGGAAAGGACUUACGUGCUCAUGUCCUCAAGCACGAAGCAGUUUAGAACUUCCUCAUUAGACAAUUUGUUACGUUUAUAUGAAGACAGCGGGGCAGAAAUGUUUAGAGCUGACUCGUUCCUACUUCGAGUUGAUAGCUUGUUCAAGAGGCUAAAAUUUUUAUUUGCAGACCUUCUCCUCGAUCAAAAUCAGAGAUACCUUUGCAACAAAUUAAUUCGUGAACUUGAACCAAGAGUGGCCUUCGAAGUGGUAGAAUAUGAGCUGGGACUUUUGUAUGAUUUGCUCUACACCAAAGCAAGACUAGUCUACUCAUGUUUUGGUAUCUUUUUCCGCUGCAUUACUUGUUUGGCCUCUGUUUCUGCAUUGGUUACCUUCUCAAUCAUCAUCGAUGAGCAUGAAUACUCACCGGUGGACAGGUUCGUAACUUACCUAUUGCUGGUUGGAGCUGUUGUUCUGGAGGUUUAUGCGCUGCUCAUGCUUACUUCCUCUGACUGGCUAAAGCUUUGGCUAGUUGUGCAAAAAAAAUGUCAUUUAAAACGAGUGAGAAAGGGUAGGAGGUGGUCUAGAAGCAUAGCCAAGUGCAACCUUGUGAGCUUUUGCCUUCAAAAGGAGGCAACCAAGUGGAUUAUAGUUAAAAAGUUACUUGGCAUCUAUGAAAUGUUAGAGAAGCAUCAGAAUGUGGAAUGGCAGCAAGGGAUAGAUGACGAUCUAAAAUGCCUUAUCUUCCAUCAACUAGAUAGGAGAACUAAAGAGCUUGAAGAUUUCGAUAAUACCGAAUUAAGCAGCAAAGUAUUGAAUUACAGAGGUGAAUGUGUACUUAAUGAAAUGAAGCUCCUUGAUGAGCUUAAAUGGAGCACCGUUGAUGUAGAAUUUGACGAAAGCAUUCUUCUUUGGCACAUUGCUACCCAGCUCUGUUACUAUGAUGAUAUUAAGACAACUGAUCUCUAUAGUCUCAUUAAUGAAUACAGCAAAAUCAGCAGAUGCCUAUCGGAGUACAUGCUUUAUCUUUUCGUCUUGCGUUCAAAAAUGUUGCCCAAAGGGAUUGGUGAAAUAAGAUACAGAAAGGCCUGUGAGGAGGUCUUCGAUUUUUUUAAAGAAAAGAGAGACAUACAAAUAGAAAAAGCCUACCAAGAGUUGCUUGAAGGGGGUCCAAAAUUGGAAGAACUUCGAUCUGAUGAGUCUAGUAUCCUUUUGAAGGGUCGCGAUCUUGCGAAACAAUUGCAAAAUCUGAACAAGAGAAACCGGGGAAGGAAAGAAAAGUGGGAGAUGAUGAAUAAAGUGUGGGUAGAACUAUUGACAUAUGCCGCAGGUCAUUGUGGAUGGAAAGAGCAUGGUCGCCAACUCGCCAAAGGCGGACAACUGCUCACUCACGUUUGCCUUCUUAUGGCACAUUUUGGCAUCAGUGGCCAAUACCGAGAUGGGCAAUUAUCCCUUCGCCAACUCCCUAAGAAGAAGUUAUUGACAUGGUGGGAAAGAAUUAAGAUCAGUCAUCAUCGUCAACCAUAG